GCGGCUGAGGCGGGCUGAGGGAGGCGGCGCGGGCCGGACGCGGGCCGAGCCCGGCGGAGGACGCGCGGGCGGCGGAGGCAGCGGAGGCGGCGGCCGCGGCGGCGGCUGUGGUGGGUGAGGCGGCCUGCGGUGUUCGGGCCCGGCCGCCCGUGAACAGGAGGAGGAGGAGGAGGAGAAGCGGCCGCGACCAUGUCGGCGGGUGGCCGCGACGAGGAGCGGCGGAAGCUGGCCGACAUCAUUCACCAUUGGAACGCCAACCGGCUGGACCUGUUCGAGAUCAGCCAGCCGACCGAGGAUCUGGAGUUUCAUGGAGUCAUGAGAUUUUAUUUUCAAGAUAAAGCUGCUGGAAACUUUGCAACAAAAUGCAUUCGGGUAUCUAGCACGGCAACCACUCAAGAUGUGAUUGAAACACUGGCAGAGAAGUUCCGCCCUGAUAUGCGCAUGCUGUCCUCUCCCAAAUAUUCCCUCUAUGAAGUGCAUGUCAGUGGAGAAGAAAGAAGAUUAGACAUUGAUGAGAAACCUCUAGUUGUGCAGUUGAACUGGAACAAAGAUGAUCGGGAAGGUCGAUUCGUCCUUAAGAAUGAGAAUGACGCCAUUCCUGCCAAGAAGGCUCAGAGUAAUGGACCUGAGAAGCAGGACAAAGAAGGCGUCAUUCAGAACUUCAAGAGAACUCUUUCAAAGAAAGAAAAGAAGGAAAAAAAGAAGAGAGAAAAAGAGGCACUGAGACAAGCCUCUGAUAAGGAAGAAAGGCCUUCACAAGGGGAUGACAGCGAGAAUUCUCGACUGGCUGCUGAAGUUUACAAAGACAUGCCUGAAACGAGCUUUACUCGGACAAUUUCUAAUCCUGAGGUAGUAAUGAAACGGCGGCGGCAGCAAAAACUUGAGAAAAGAAUGCAAGAGUUUCGGAGCUCAGAUGGGCGGCCUGACUCAGGUGGAACAUUGAGAAUAUAUGCAGAUAGUUUAAAACCAAAUAUUCCAUACAAGACAAUCCUGCUGUCUACUACAGAUUCCGCAGACUUUGCUGUAGCAGAAUCUUUGGAAAAGUAUGGUCUGGAAAAAGAGAAUCCCAAGGACUACUGCAUUGCCCGGGUUAUGCUUCCCCCUGGAGCCCAGCAUUCUGAUGAAAGAGGUGCUAAGGAAGUUAUUCUUGAUGAUGACGAGUGUCCUUUACAAAUCUUCAGGGAAUGGCCAAGUGACAAAGGGAUUUUAGUCUUUCAACUGAAGAGGAGACCACCGGACUAUAUCCCAAAGAAAAUGAAGAAACACGUUGAAGGGAAGCCGCUGAAGGGGAAGGACAGAGUUGAUGGGUCUGGCUAUGGUUCUGCUCUUCCUCCUGAGAAACUGCCCUACUUAGUAGAGUUAAGCCCAGAUGGCUCUGACUCCAGAGACAAGCCAAAGUUAUACCGCCUUCAAUUAAGUGUGACCGAAGUUGGGACAGAGAAGUUUGAUGACAAUUCUAUCCAGUUGUUUGGUCCAGGAAUUCAGCCCCAUCACUGUGAUCUCACAAACAUGGAUGGAGUGGUCACUGUGACUCCCAGAAGUAUGGAUGCAGAGACCUACGUGGAUGGCCAGCGCAUCUCAGAGACUACCAUGCUGCAGAGUGGCAUGAAAGUGCAGUUUGGCACCUCACACGUGUUUAAGUUUGUGGACCCCAUCCAGGACCACGUUCUUUCGAAGAGAUCUGUGGAUGGAGGCCUGAUGGUCAAGGGCCCAAGACAUAAACCUGGAGCUGUUCAGGAGACAACCUUUGAUUUGGGAGGAGAUAUUCACAGUGGGACAGCAUUGCCAGCAAGCAGGAGCACGACUAGACUGGACAGUGACAGGAUGUCCUCUGCCUCCAGCACCGCUGAGCGAGGGAUGGUGAAACCAAUGAUCCGAUUGGACCAGGAGCAGGAUUAUCGCCGAAGAGAAAGCAGAACCCAGGAUGCGGUUGGGCCUGAGCUGAUCCUGCCUGCCAGCAUUGAAUUCAGGGAAAGCUCGGAAGAUUCUUUUUUGUCCGCCAUUAUAAACUAUACCAAUAGCUCUACAGUUCACUUUAAGUUGUCGCCUACAUAUGUGCUGUACAUGGCAUGCCGGUAUGUAUUGUCCAGCCAGCACAGGCCCGACAUCAGCCCUGCAGAGCGCACACAUAAGGCCAUCGCUGUUGUCAACAAGAUGGUGAGCAUGAUGGAAGGGGUCAUCCAGGAAGUAGACCAGGUUGAUCAGAAACAAAAGAACAUUGCCGGGGCACUUGCUUUCUGGAUGGCAAAUGCAUCUGAACUUCUCAACUUCAUCAAGCAGGACCGAGACCUUAGUCGGAUCACACUAGAUGCCCAGGAUGUUUUGGCGCACUUGGUUCAGAUGGCAUUUAAGUACUUGGUUCACUGUCUUCAGUCAGAGCUUAAUAACUACAUGCCAGCCUUUCUGGAUGAUCCCGAGGAGAACAGUCUGCAAAGACCAAAAAUAGAUGACGUGCUGCAUACACUCACCGGAGCCAUGUCCUUGCUGAGGCGCUGCAGGGUCAAUGCUGCCUUGACCAUCCAGCUGUUCUCCCAGCUCUUCCAUUUUAUCAAUAUGUGGCUGUUCAACAGACUGGUGACUGACCCAGAUUCAGGCCUGUGUUCUCACUACUGGGGAGCAAUUAUCCGCCAGCAGCUAGGGCAUAUUGAAGCCUGGGCAGAGAAGCAGGGACUAGAGCUGGCAGCUGAUUGUCACUUGAGCAGGAUUGUGCAGGCUACUACUUUGCUUACCAUGGAUAAGUAUGUGCCUGAUGACAUUCCAAAUAUAAACAGCACAUGCUUUAAGUUAAAUUCUCUGCAACUUCAAGCCUUAUUACAAAAUUACCACUGUGCACCUGAUGAGCCUGUUAUCCCUACGGAUCUCAUAGAAAGUGUUGUGGCUGUUGCUGAGAACACAGCUGAUGAGCUUGCCCGCAGUGAUGGGAGAGAUGUUCAGUUGGAGGAGGAUCCUGACCUACAGCUCCCUUUUCUUUUGCCAGAAGAUGGAUAUUCCUGUGAUGUCGUCAGAAACAUUCCAAAUGGUUUACAAGAAUUUUUAGACCCUCUGUGCCAGAGAGGAUUUUGCAGGUUGAUUCCUCAUACACGUUCACCAGGUACUUGGACGAUAUAUUUUGAAGGUGCAGAUUAUGAAAGUCACCUUAUGCGUGAGAACACAGAACUGGCCCAGCCUCUGAGGAAGGAACCUGAAAUAAUCACUGUGACCCUAAAAAAACAGAAUGGAAUGGGCCUCAGCAUUGUAGCAGCAAAGGGUGCUGGCCAGGAUAAACUGGGAAUCUACGUUAAGUCUGUUGUGAAAGGAGGUGCUGCAGAUGUGGAUGGACGUCUAGCUGCUGGUGACCAGCUCCUCAGUGUGGAUGGACGAAGUCUGGUUGGACUUUCUCAGGAAAGGGCAGCAGAACUCAUGACAAGAACGAGUUCCGUGGUCACACUUGAAGUUGCAAAGCAAGGCGCCAUCUAUCACGGCCUGGCCACCCUCCUUAACCAGCCAUCCCCCAUGAUGCAGAGAAUUUCAGAUCGUCGUGGCUCAGGUAAACCCAGACCAAAGAGUGAAGGUUUUGAGCUCUAUAAUAAUUCAGCUCAAAAUGGCUCCCCAGAGAGUCCUCAGCUGCCUUGGACAGAGUAUAGUGAGCCAAAGAAACUUCCUGGUGACGACAGACUGAUGAAAAACAGGGCUGACCACCGCUCCAGCCCCAAUGUGGCAACAGAUCAGCCUCCUAGCCCUGGAGGGAAGAGUCCAUAUGCUUCUGGAACAGCAGCUAAGAUAACAUCUGUCUCUACUGGAAACCUCUGCACUGAGGAGCAGACUCCUCCACCUAGACCUGAAGCCUAUCCCAUCCCUACUCAGACGUACACCAGAGAGUAUUUUACCUUUCCAGCUUCAAAAUCCCAGGAUCGGAUGGCCCCUCCUCAGAACCAGUGGCCAAAUUAUGAAGAAAAGCCACAUAUGCACACAGAAAGUAAUCAUUCCAGUAUUGCAAUCCAGCGUGUUACCCGUUCCCAGGAAGAGCUUCGAGAAGAGAAGGUUUACCAACUUGAGCGGCAUCAAGUAGAGGCUGGCAUGGAUCGCAAGUGUGACAGUGAUAUGUGGAUCAAUCAGAGCUCCUCAGUGGACUCUAGCACAUCCAGCCAAGAGCACCUGAACCAUUCCUCCAAGUCAGUCACCCCUGCUUCCACUCUGACCAAAAGUGGUCCUGGACGUUGGAAAACCCCAGCAGCAGUUCUACCCACCCCUGUCGCUGUCUCCCAGCCCAUUCGAACAGACCUACCUCCACCACCCCCUCCACCUCCUGUCCACUACACCAGUGAUUUUGAUGGCAUUCCAGUGGAUUUGCCCCUCCCACCUCCUCCUACCAACCAGAUAGGACCCCAGUCUGCUCAGGUGGCUGCUGCAGAGCGGAAAAAGAGAGAAGAACAUCAGCGGUGGUAUGAGAAAGAGAAGGCCCGCCUCGAGGAGGAACGGGAGAGAAAGCGCAGGGAGCAGGAGCGGAAGUUGGGGCAGAUGCGCACACAGUCCCUGAACCCUGCUUCCUUCUCUCCUUUGGCCACACUGACCAAGCCAGAAAAGCCUUCCACAUUGCAGAGGCCCCAAGAAACAGUCAUUCGGGAGCUGCAGCCCCAGCAACAGCCCCGCACGAUUGAGCGCAGGGACCUGCAAUACAUCACCAUCAGUAAAGAAGAACUGUCUUCUGGUGAUAGUCUGUCUCCAGACCCCUGGAAACGAGAUGCCAGGGAGAAGCUGGAGAAGCAACAGCAAAUGCACAUUGUGGACAUGCUGAGCAAGGAGAUCCAUGAGCUGCAGAACAAGGUGGACCGCACUGCAGAGGAGAGUGACCGCUUGCGGAAGCUCAUGCUGGAAUGGCAGUUCCAGAAGAGACUGCAGGAGUCCAAGCAGAAGGAUGAGGAUGAUGAGGAAGAGGAGGAUGAUGAUGUGGACACCAUGCUGAUCAUGCAGCGUCUGGAGGCUGAGCGCAGAGCUAGGUUGCAGGAUGAGGAGCGCAGGCGCCAGCAGCAGUUGGAAGAAAUGCGCAAACGAGAAGCAGAAGAUCGUGUGAGACAAGAGGAAGACCGCCGCCAUCAGGAGGAGGAGCGAGUAAAGAGAGACGCUGAAGAAAAGAGGCGACAGGAAGAAGGGUAUUACAGCCGCCUAGAAGCUGAGAGGCGCAGACAGCACGACGAGGCAGCACGCAGGUUGCUGGAGCCCGAAGAUCCUGGGCUGAGCCGACCUCCACUUCCACGGGACUAUGAGCCCCCAUCCCUGUCCCCAGCACCCAGCGCCCCUCCUCCCCCACCUCAGCGAAACGCCUCCUACCUCAAAACACAGGUCCUCUCCCCAGAUUCGCUGUUCACUGCCAAGUUUGUUGCCUAUGAUGAUGAGGAGGAGGAGGACUGCGGCCCAGCAGGUCAGGAUAAGUACCCCAGCACAAGAAAGUCUCAUGAGCACCUUCCUCUUGCUGCCCCUAAGCCGCAGCAGCCACGCCCAGCCUCGGAUGGCAUCUUUCUCUCCAACUCAUUCCAGCCACCCUUGGCCAAAGCCAACAGUACUGCUAACAAAGCAGGCCCGCCCCCACCCCCUCCAGGCAAACCAAGCUUCUACCGGCCUGGCCACUGGAAAGGUAGAGGACCGCACUCUUCUUACACAGGAUCUGCAGGAACAAUCCUGGGAGCCCAUGAUGCUUCCCGGGACCCAAGAGAGAAGCACACGAGAAGCCAAGAAGCAGACUCACCUGGCAGUUCUGGAGCCCCUGAAAACCUGACAUUCAAAGAGCGUCAGCGCCUCUUUUCACAAGGGCAAGAUGUGUCUGACAAAGUAAAAGCUUCUCGUAAAUUAACAGAACUUGAGAAUGAGCUGAACACCAAGUGAGAAGAGAAAGAGAGCACUUUGUGCUCAUACAAGAUCUGCCCUUGGCAGUGGUUUUGUGGGGUUGAGCCUGAGGAGGAGGGAACAGUUCUAAGUGAUUUCUAAUUUCUGUUUCUAAAAUGGUUUCAAGUUAGAGAUGUUCCAAUUUAAAAUCUUGUUUUACUUUUCCAAGAAACUCUUGCCUAGUUCUUACUGAUUGACUCAUAUGAACUUAUCUUUUUUUGUUAGCUUCUUUGGGGAAUCUUGGACUCAGAGGGCAGAAUGAAGGGCAGUAAAGACCACAGGGUAUUUCCUCUACCCUCUUCUUUCCCAUCAUCAUUCCAAGGACCAUAGGCCGACAAAUUAUCUUCUGUUCUUUCUCAAAACUCCACUUGGCCGCAUAGACCGUUACUGUGUUCAGGAGCCAGGACUCCCAGUGUAGAGCCCCAGGGCAGGUGUCUUCCCACUGCACCUGCCAUAGUGUGCAUUAGGUGGCUAAGUGGAGUUUCUUAUCUGUAAGGUGCACAACACAUCAUUCUUGACCAAUGCGAACCCCCUGCUCAAUCCUAAAUGUUGAGAUUGAGUAGCUAAUUAAUAAUUCAGUUUUGAAAAAUCUCAGAUUUUUAAAGAUUUAAUCUUAGGGAAUUUUAUUUUUAUAAAUACCAAAUCAUCAUUAGAGUGAUCAUUGGUGAAAAUUAAAGAUGGUGGUUAUGUUAGGAAGUUACCUAGUGUUUCAGAUAUCCCAAAGGAUCUAGAGCUCUCCAGCUAAACAGCGUUUGUAUAGGUAGGAGCGGAGACAGCUAAGAAGAGUGGGAGCUCACAGGUGGCAAUCAAACGUAACUAAAGAAAGAUUUGUGUAGGUAUGCCGUCAGAAAAGGAAGGAAGCGGUUACUGUGCCAUCUAAACUUAAAUACUGUAAGAAUAACUACAUUUCUUUCACAGCUUAGUAGAGUUGUUUAAAUUUAAUUUGUGAAUUUGUGUUGUCAUUCCUCCAGCUGAGUUGUGGGAGAAAAACAUGAGUUUAUUUUUGCAAGCUUUAUGAUUUCAAGCAUACUUCCUAUUUAACAAAGCCCUAAUGUGGGUCCAGAUUAUCUUUCUGGACCUUACUAUUCUCUUACAUAUCUGUACAUUAGGAAAAUAGGCACACUUUCAAGUAGAGCAGAGGCAUUUGCAACCGUAAAAACCACUUUUAAUAAGAACUGUAUGAUAAAUUGUUGAAAUAAAAAUGUAAAUAUUUUUUAUGUGUAUCAAGCUUCCUAUUUGAAAGUGUGCCUUUGCUGUUUUCUCUGUAAGAGAAUUGAAUGGUCCUGAGAGUUAAUGAAGGAUGUGCACACUUGCCCUGCCUAGGAAGUGCAAUCUCUUUGUGUCUGGAGCACUGGCAGCCUUUGGGUGGCAUAUCCAUACCUCCCAGAGAAGAGCAGAUACCUGCUGUUGCUGGUACAUGGGAAGACAGAUGCACACAAGAGCCUGCAAACAUCUGAAAACUCUGCAUGUGUGCUUGUGGAACCCAUAGUGAAAUAGACUUGGCCAUCCCUGGACAGUAAGAUCUAAUGUGAAUAUGUGUUGUAACACGUUACAUAGCGUGUGUUACUGUGGGGAAGCACCCAAACUGCUGUUGUUUUCCAUUUCUACUGUAUUUCAGUUGCAGCCUAUUUUUAAUAAACUUUGUAUCUAUUUAAGUGUAUUUGCUAUUGUUUUCCAAGUGCUGACAAAGUUUAUAUUUGUAAUGCCAGCCUUCCUCUCUCCCGUUUCCAUCUGCCACUACUUCAUUAAACAGUGCUGAGUGUCA